CGCGUCGCCUCGUUCUCAUCACAGUCAGCCAGAGAUUCUCCGCCGUCAUGAACACCUUGGUCGUUGUUGCUGCCCUGGCGGCCUUCUGCUUGGUUGCUGGAAGUGCUGAGCCUGAUGCUGAACCCGCACAUGGUAGCUACAGAAGCCAUGGUAGCUAUGUUCCUUACACUGGGGGCUAUCAUGGAGGCUCCAAUAAACAUUACAUCGGUAAAAGGAGUGCUGAGGCUCUGGCUGAGCCUGAGGCUGAACCCGGAUAUGGUAGCUACAGAGGCCAUGGUAGCUACAGAAGCCAUGGUAGCUAUGUUCCUUACACUGGUGGCUAUCAUGGAGGCUCCAAUAAACAUUACAUCGGUAAAAGGAGUGCUGAGGCUCUGGCUGAGCCUGAGGCUGAACCCGGACAUGGUAGCUAUGUUCCUUACACUGGGGGCUAUCAUGGAGGCUCCAAUAAACAUUACAUCGGUAAAAGGAGUGCUGAAGCUCUGGCUGAGCCUGAGGCUGAACCCGGACAUGAUAGCUACAGAGGCCAUGGUAGCUACACACGCCAUGGUAGCUAUGUUCCUUACACUGGGGGCUAUCAUGGAGGCUCCAAUAAACAUUACAUCGGUAAAAGGAGUGCUGAGGCUCUGGCUGAGCCUGAGGCUGAACCCGGAUAUGGUAGCUACAGAGGCCAUGGUAGCUACAGAAGCCAUGGUAGCUAUGUUCCUUACACUGGUGGCUAUCAUGGAGGCUCCAAUAAACAUUACAUCGGUAAAAGGAGUGCUGAGGCUCUGGCUGAGCCUGAGGCUGAACCCGGACAUGGUAGCUAUGUUCCUUACACUGGGGGCUAUCAUGGAGGCUCCAAUAAACAUUACAUCGGUAAAAGGAGUGCUGAAGCUCUGGCUGAGCCUGAGGCUGAACCCGGACAUGAUAGCUACAGAGGCCAUGGUAGCUACACACGCCAUGGUAGCUAUGUUCCUUACACUGGGGGCUAUCAUGGAGGCUCCAAUAAACAUUACAUCGGUAAAAGGAGUGCUGAGGCUCUGGCUGAGCCUGAGGCUGAACCCGGAUAUGGUAGCUACAGAGGCCAUGGUAGCUACAGAAGCCAUGGUAGCUAUGUUCCUUACACUGGUGGCUAUCAUGGAGGCUCCAAUAAACAUUACAUCGGUAAAAGGAGUGCUGAGGCUCUGGCUGAGCCUGAGGCUGAACCCGGACAUGGUAGCUAUGUUCCUUACACUGGGGGCUAUCAUGGAGGCUCCAAUAAACAUUACAUCGGUAAAAGGAGUGCUGAAGCUCUGGCUGAGCCUGAGGCUGAACCCGGACAUGAUAGCUACAGAGGCCAUGGUAGCUACACACGCCAUGGUAGCUAUGUUCCUUACACUGGGGGCUAUCAUGGAGGCUCCAAUAAACAUUACAUCGGUAAAAGGAGUGCUGAGGCUCUGGCUGAGCCUGAGGCUGAACCCGGAUAUGGUAGCUACAGAGGCCAUGGUAGCUACAGAAGCCAUGGUAGCUAUGUUCCUUACACUGGUGGCUAUCAUGGAGGCUCCAAUAAACAUUACAUCGGUAAAAGGAGUGCUGAGGCUCUGGCUGAGCCUGAGGCUGAACCCGGACAUGGUAGCUAUGUUCCUUACACUGGGGGCUAUCAUGGAGGCUCCAAUAAACAUUACAUCGGUAAAAGGAGUGCUGAAGCUCUGGCUGAGCCUGAGGCUGAACCCGGACAUGAUAGCUACAGAGGCCAUGGUAGCUACACACGCCAUGGUAGCUAUGUUCCUUACACUGGGGGCUAUCAUGGAGGCUCCAAUAAACAUUACAUCGGUAAAAGGAGUGCUGAAGCUCUGGCUGAGCCUGAGGCUGAACCCGGACAUGAUAGCUACAGAGGCCAUGGUAGCUACACACGCCAUGGUAGCUAUGUUCCUUACACUGGUGGCUAUCAUGGAGGCUCCAAUAAACAUUACAUCGGUAAAAGGAGUGCUGAAGCUCUGGCUGAGCCUGAGGCUGAACCCGGAUAUGGUGGCUACAGAGGCUAUGGUAGGUAUGGUCAUCACGCUGCGGUCUAUCAUGGACACCACCAAGGUAAGAGGAGCGCUGAACCCGAAGCCAAUCCCAGCCACUAUGGAUAUAAAGGCUACGGACGCUCCAGUUAUACACGUCCUCUCUACUCCGGAUCAUACCACGGCUGAACACCUGCCAUCACCGCCUACUGACUCUAACUUACUCUCGCUACUGACUGUAUUAUUGUUAUCUUUAAAAUGUUAAUAAAUAUAUAGAUUGAAUUUA